GAAUUUUAAAGGUCUGUUCGUCAUCAUCUGCCCAGUUUGAACCAUUUCCCGAGAAGAACUCUUCAAAAGCUCUUUUUCCUCACUGCUGGCCAGCUUGAUUGAUAUUCAGGAAAAUGUCUGAAAACGUCGACCGUCUGAACAAGUUCAAGAACAAAGGCAAAGAUGCUAAUGAGCUUCGACGCAGGAGGGUGGAGGUGAACGUCGAACUGCGCAAGGCCAGGAAAGAUGAUCAGAUGUUCAAAAGAAGGAACGUGGCUGCAUUCCCCGAUGAGGCCACUUCUCCCCUUCAAGAAAAAAAUCAAAACGGCCAAACUUCCAGCCAGUGGACUGUUGCAGAGAUUCUCACUGGAGUGAACAGUGGUGAUGUCGAGUCACAGUUGCAGGCAACACAGGCUGCACGGAAACUGCUGUCUCGGGAGAGGCAUCCCCCUAUUGACCAGAUCAUCAGUGCUGGUCUGAUCUCAAAGUUUGUGGCCUUCUUGGGACUGUCUGACUGCCCUCCAAUCCAGUUUGAAGCGUCCUGGGCAUUGACCAACAUCGCUUCUGGGACGUCUGAUCAGACGGCCGCUGUUGUCCAGGGCGGGGCCAUUCCUGCUUUCAUUAGACUGGUCACAUCCCCCCACCAGCACAUCAGCGAGCAAGCCAUCUGGGCUCUUGGAAACAUUGCUGGUGAUGGAUCAGCUAUGAGGGACAAGGUGAUCAAGCAUGGAGCUGUGGCGGCCCUACUCAGUCUGCUCACCGUGCCUGACCUCUCUGUAUUAAGUCCUGGUUACCUGAGAAAUGUGACCUGGACUGUGUCCAACCUCUGCCGCAACAAGAAUCCCUCUCCUCCUGUAAGCGCCGUCCAGCAGCUCUUACCUGCUCUCAUCCGCCUCCUUCACCACGAUGACAAAGAGGUGCUGGCCGACGCCUGUUGGGGGGUUUCGUACCUGACUGACGGUUCUAAUGAUCGCAUUGAAGUCGUGGUGCAGGCCGGCCUGGUGCCCCGCCUGGUCGAACUGCUUGGCAGCGGUGAACUGCCUGUGGUGACCCCCUCUCUGCGUGCCAUCGGGAACAUAGUGACUGGCACAGAUGAGCAGACUCAGGCAGUGCUUGACGUCGGGGCCCUGGCAAGGUUCGCUCCAUUACUGUGCCACAACAAGGCCAACAUUCAGAAGGAGGCCGCCUGGACUUUGUCCAACGUCACGGCAGGAAAAGACACCCAGAUCCAGGAAGUCAUCAACGCUGGCCUUAUUCCACAUUUGGUCAAUGUGCUUGUGAGGGGUGACUACAAAACCCAGAAGGAGGCUGUGUGGGCUGUGACGAACUUCACCAGCGGGGGCACUGUGGAGCAGGUAGUGUACCUGGUGCAGUGCAAUGUGCUGGAGCCUCUUCUCAACCUUCUGUCCUCAAAGGACAGCAAGACUAUUCUUGUCAUCUUGGAUGCCAUCACCAACAUAUUUUUGGCUGGUGACAAAAUUCAGGAGUCAGACAAGUUGGCCCUGAUGAUUGAAGAAUGUGGUGGAUUGGAUCGGAUUGAAUGUCUACAGUCUCAUGAGAAUGAAACUGUCUACAAAGCAGCUCUCAACUUGAUUGAGAAGUACUUCUCUGGAGAGGAUGAGGAGUUGCAGUGUGUCGCCCCAGAAGCAACUGCCGAUGGUUAUGAAUUCCAAAUCGGUGAAAACCAGAGCACUUUCAAUUUCUAAAUGACACUCUUCUCUACUGCAUCCUCACUGCUACGGUUUGUCCUUGUUCAUGUCAAUGUGCCUGCCUUUAUAUGGCCUGUUUGUAUGUAGUGUACAUACAUUUUUAAACACGUGAUUAAGCAUUCAUGUAAAUAAAGCUGAUUGGGUGUGGGUGUUUUUAUCUGCUAUUAAUAAAUUGUAGCUGAACUUGCA